AUGGUACGUACUCUUUUCGAAGUUCCAAAUCUGGAAUCUAAGGGCCGGCUAAGCGUCCUUUAUUCCUCCCCGGAGGCUUUCCGUUUAUCUAGCUGCCCUAGAGACCGGAGAGCUCGGGAGAGCGCGCCCCUACCCCCUCCCCGGCCGGCAGCCAAGCUGGGCUUAAAAACCUUCGCCACCGGGCGGCGGAAGUACAAAGGAGGCCGUCUGCCUCCUUUGUCCUGGAUUUGGGAGCUGAGCGCCUCCGUCGCCACUGGCUUUCCUGCCCCAGCUCCGGCCUCUCUCAUCUUGGGAAUCUGCGUCAGAAGUCACCGGCAGUCCCGCCAGGUAGCCCUGCCGAGGCUGCGGAGGAAGGGAGGCUGCGGUGGGAGGCCAGGCCCAUCCGGCGCCAUUUCCAUCGGGAGCGCGCCCGGCGGCAGCCCUGACCCUCCCCCCAGCCCCGCUGCCGGGCCUGGCCCUGCUCGCUUCGCGCCCACCCUCAUCCCCUGCCAGGGAGCUGGACCACCCCCCGCCCCCGGCCCCGGCCCCGGCCCCGGCCCCGGCCAGCUCAAUCAGUCUUUCCAAAGCUGGGAACAAGAAGUAGAAGGAACGGGGAAGGGCGGGAAGCCAAGGUGGCCGCGCCACCGUACCCAAAAUGGCGGAGGCCAAACCAGCAAGGCAGAGAGAAGGGCUGGACGCCCUCCACUUCGGGCCUCCGCGUCGUCCACCGAGCUCCACCCGAGCAAGUCCUCGCCCGGCAGGCCGCCCUCCUAGAAGUGGGAGAUCGCCCGGGAGGCGCAGCCCCGCCCGCCUCCGAGCGGCGACCUCCACACUUCCCCCCGCCCCACCCCCUCCUGGGUCUCGUCCUUCUCCCGACUCCGCUCUCGAAACCACCAGCCCAACCUACCCCCUUUUACUUCAGAUACCCUGUCGGGCGAUAGAAACGCCGGCGCCGGUGCUCGUGAGGGUCCGGUCGUGAGGAGGGGGCAGUCGUUCGCCUCGUGCGGCGCUCCCUACAACGGUCCUCCCAACCGUCUCCAGCAGUGGCAACCGCUAAGGGAGCUGCGCAGCAGAGCGACUGGCUUGGGGGGAUGGGAGAGAGGGAGCGAGAAGGAGGGGGCGGAGCGAGCGCGACGAAAGCAGGCCUCAGGGUCUCGCGAGACCGGUCCCGCCUUGACGCGGCCCGGGCGAAGUGCGCUUGCGCGUCAGCGGGCCGCUCCGCGGAAAAGUGAAGAGCCGCCCUACUCGGUCGGCUUAGUGAGGGAGCCGGGGUGACUCCGCCUUCCUUGCUCACCUUACCACCGUCUAAAGCUCAGAUCAUUUGGUGCUAUUCUAUUAGCAUAAAGAUCAGAGGGACCCUGGAGAGGAUCUUGUUAGAGGCCAUAAUGAAAGGAAAAAGAUGAAAAGGAGAAGGAAAUAAGAGUCCCCACACCACCCAGAGGAAAACCAGACAGUGAGCACGUGACCAUGUGUUACACCAUCAGGAUGAAGAGGGAAGGAAAAUCCCACGCAGAGCCUUAGAGAAAGCGGAAGAAAGAGACGGAAACAGACUACACUCUUCUGGGGGAGGAAAGGACGUUGAAAAUUAGUUGUUAGUUGUCCAUAUACCCCCCAAAGGUAUUGCAAAAUGCCAUAAAAACUGGAUUAUCACAAUCAUUUUGCCUACAUGAAAGGCAAAUAAACUAAAAUGUAACAAAACUGUUUCUAGGAGUGUGUCUAAUUAAGGUAGCUAAGCCUUUUGAACGCUGAUCUGUUAUUAAAGCUUUGUGAAAUGCUUGUGCUUUGAUUUCUGACAUAUGUAUCUACUUUCCUUACAAAACACUGAUCUCCUUUGUCAUGA